AUGAGCCUUCGAGCCGACAGGGCGGCAUCACCCUACCUCCUAAACAAGCGUGAGCCAAGCGCCCUUGAGCCAAACCUUGGCAUUGACCUCGAGCUUCACCUGCGCCGACAUCCUUCGCUGAACAUAGCCAGCGAGCAACGACUUCGAGAAGCUCUCCAAAUUGCUCUCGCGCAAACGAAUUCACGGAUCCAUCCCCAACCUGCCACCGAUAUGGGUGUACCUUUCGAAGCAAUUAUUCCCUAUGUCAUCAUGACAGCAAUGUUCGGCGUGACAGGGGCUGGCAUGGCCACAGUCAAAUGGUUCAGAAACGACGGGAAAGCACCACGAAGACAACUAGAUCUAUGGGACAGACAGAUGAUGGAGCGAGACUACAGAUUAACGGGCAAGUUCCGUGGCCAAACAGAUAAAGCUGAAGCACCUCUAGGAUAUGAAGUGAACAGCGGAUGGAAGAUCGAGCCUCGUGUUAUAUAA